AUGAACAAGCCUUCCUUGUUGCAAAUUUUGUUCAAACGUCAUUCGGUGGGAACUCUCAAACCAACCCGUUCGUUGUUGGAUCAGUGGAUUGGAAAAUUCUCUGAAAAGAUUCAUGAUAAAGUUUGGAAUCAAUGGUUUACAGUUUCAUCAAUUUACAAGACACAAUUAAUGUUCGGAAAUGUUGAAUCUCUUGAGGAUGGAAAAUAUGAGAAGCAAGUUAUGAAGGAAAGAUUAUUAUUCUAUCAAAAACAAAAACGAUUAUUAUUAAAGAAGGCUAAGGAAAGAUAUCAGGAACAACUUUUGAUGGAUGAGCUAGCUGUUCUCAAUGCAGAUAUAUUUGAUGAAAUUGAUAGAAAAUAUAGAAAGAAAACUCUUGGUGAUAGAGUUGAAUUUUGGAAGUUGUUUUUCAAGUACUUGUUCACAAAGAAGGAGAAACCAUUAUUAUUGCUUUCCGAUGUCAAGGAUUAUGAUAAAUAUGCAGAGGAAUUCAAGAUUAAAUCAUCAUAA